CCAUAAUCAGCACUAACAUGCAUCUUGGAGACGUAUCUGAAGCUAAUAGAAUGUGAAUGGAAAACUUAGAAUGCAUAGUGUCAAUUUAGGUAUAAUUCAUUUUUGUAAAAGUGCUUCAGCAACUAGUCAAGAAACUCUCAUAUCUCUAUGGGUGCAGAAGAAGAAAUUGUCUUAAUCCAUUACUCAGCAAAGUAAUUGUAGGCACAUUUUUAAAAUAAUAGAACUUUAUAUAUAACCAUAAAAUACCAGAACCAUUUGGGCAACCCUCUCUUUUCCAGCACCUUAAAACCACAGGACAUGAAAUUGAUUUUGAAGGAACCAAAUUAAUCUCCAAAACUGAACACUAAAACAAGAGAAUAAUUAUGGAAGCCAUCGAAAUAGAGAAACACCCCUACAACAUGAACAAACGGGAUGACACCUCCCACCUACCAUACAUCUCGAAACUAGCCUUAGUCAACAAACGAGUCCCAGCCAUGAAAAUUGACACCAGACCGAGGAUAACACACAACACCACCACCAAUCAUCCUCAUCAGAUUGAAACCCAAACCCAUCCCACAGAUGAAUCAUAACCACCAUCCAGAAGCCAGACCAUGCUGGCACCACUGGCCGCUGUGCCCCCCUCCAAUCCCCACACAAAACAAGCUGACACAAGCCAAGAACACAUGACAAGACCUCAGACUCGGAGCCAAACCAAAACCUGGGAUGCUGCAUCACAGCCAUCUGCUCAAGACAUCACAUCACAGAACUCCAGAGGCCACAACACCAAAGCUCAGGAACAAAAGACUAGGACCAUACCCACACAGGAUGCUAUGAAAAAGCCGACCAAUCUGCAGGCACCCACUCCAUCUACCAAUCAAGAUGCAACCACACAGCCAACCAACCUGCUCACAGCAACAUUCCCCACCUCCCCGCCAAUAUUUAUAGAGAGACUGCAGCUCCAACCACGCUUGUGCGACCACGCUUUGCUCACACAAGCACGAAGCACCAGCCUGAAGAUGAUGAGUGAGACCUCAUUGAAACGUCGUCAAGAUACUCUCAACCUUACACGGGAAAAGACCUGAAUAUGCCAAGACCUACAUAGAGAGAGAGAGAGAGAGAGAGAGAUGGAUGUUAUGAGAUUUCUGGACUAGAAAAUCUACCAAAUGGACCAGCAAUCCUUGUUUAUUACCAUGGAGCCAUGCCAAUUGACUAUUGUUUAUUUAUUCAAAGGAUUUAUAGACUCACUGGAAAAUUCAUCUAUUCUGUGAUAGAUCAUCUUAUUUUUCAAAUACCAGGAAUAAGACUAUUCCUCUCCAUCAUUAACACUGAUCAUCCUACAAGAGAAAAAUGUGUAAAUGUUCUAAAACAAGGGCAUCUGAUGGGAGUUGCACCAGGAGGAUUACGAGAGCAAAAUUAUGGAAAUAAUUACUAUGAACUAAUAUGGGGAAAACGGAAAGGAUUUGCUCAAAUAGCUAUAGAUGCAAAAGUGCCAAUCGUUCCUAUGUUUACACAAAAUAUUAGAGAAGGAUAUAUUACAUAUGGGAAUACAAGACCAAUGAGAUGGUUACAUGAGCGAGUACGAUGGUUCAUUUUUCCAUUAUAUGGAAUGUUUCCAGUUAAACUUAUAACCCAUAUUGGAAAACCAAUUCCAUAUGAUCCAGAUGUAACUGCUGAAAAAUUAGCUGAAAAAACUCAAAGGGCAAUGGAGGCUUUACGGGACAAACACCAGAAAAUCCCAGGAAGCAUAUUGCAUGCUCUUAGGCAGCGCUUUGAGAUACAUAACAAAGAUAAGUAGUAAUAUAAAAUAUCUCUAGAUAAUAUAUAUGUAUGUGUAGAUAAUACAUGUGUUUGUGUAAUGCAAGUGUUUCCCAAGGUGCUUUUCUUUCAUAAAUGAAGAUGCAAGAUUGAAAUGGAGCAAAAAUAUCUGUUUAUUUCAAAUCUUCAACAUCAGAUUAAAUUUCAUUUGAAAUACCAAAGCAUUACAUGAUAAUAUUUCCACACCCUUAUCAAUUAUGUUUGAGAAAUCCUGGUGGCUGGAGGAGACCAACUAUUAUUCCUAUCUACAAAAAGAUGGAAAUAGAAAAUGCAACAAGAAAUAAAGCAGUCAUUCUGACUUUGGUACUCUAGACGUUUUUACAAUACAUACUGUAAAUAUAAAGAGAUUUAUCAUUAAACAUAAUUAUCAGAAA